AUUCACUGGAUUGACCAGGCUGUUGCUCCUCCUCCUCCCACCCCUUCGGUCACAGAUUACAGUGGUUUAAGUACGGAAGUGAGUCCAGACAGAAGUACAGAAGUACCAAGAGUCACAGACGUCUGUUUGGUUAUGUGCCUUCAUUAUCUGGCAUCCUAAGAUCCUCGCAUGAAAGUUCCCAGCCCAGUUUAGUUAGAGGUGAACCACGAAAGCUCUUCUCAGUAUGGAUCUUCAUGAUUGGCUGAUCGGAGGACAUCGACGGGUCUUGCACGCGACCGCUGGGUCUGGACUGGAUCUUCCCGAGGGGGGAUUUCUUAUGGUGAUGAUGAUGAUGAUGAUGAUGGUGAUGAUAAUGAUGGUGAUGCCGUUUACUAGGUAUGUAUCAUCACGGAAAGUAAUCAAAACUCAAAGAAACUCUCUGGGAGAUUCAAGACAAGCACUCGGAUGGUCCCUUAACUUCCCUUUCAGCCAUUCUCCAGACUUUACCUUAAAUUUUUUGGCGAUCAUCCCGAACACUCCCCAUAGAAAAGACUUCGAGAAGGAAAUAGAGGAAUUCCAAUCCCAUGGUUCUUUCAGUCUCGCAGGCGGUCUGCUCCACUCAACCCCAGCCGUGACUAAUGGCUACUAGUAGUUAUCGAGAAUCCAAAAGAAUGAGUUGGAUCAUUGCCCAACACGGCUGGUAACCCAAUAAACUUAUGCCAGCCGAUGAACCUUAGGCGUC